GAAAAAGAAAAAAGAAAACAAGGAAAAACGGAGAGAGUGUGGCUCGUACGUGGUGCAGUGAAGCACAAGCCAUCCAGAGGGAACAUGUCAGAGCAGCAGGGUGCACCGGAGCAGCUAGCAGCUGGAAAGAGCCAAGGAGGGGCAGGAGCCACCUACAAGGUGGUGGUGUUUGAGUUUGAGAACUUCUGUGGGAAGAAAGUGGAGCUGUCUGCAGAGUGUAAGAAUGUGAUCGAAAAAGGAUGUGAGAAGGUGGGAUCUAUCAUCGUGGAAUCAGGACCCUGGGUGGCAUUUGAGCGCCAGGCAUUUGGCGGGGAGCAGUUUGUGCUGGAGAAGGGCGAGUAUCCUCGUUGGAGCACCUGGACCAACAGCCAGACUAAUAACUACCUGCUGUCCCUCAGGCCACUCAAAGUGGACAGUGCGGAUCACAAACUCCACCUGUUCGAGAACCCAGGCUUCGCCGGGAGGAAGAUGGAGAUUGUGGAUGACGACGUCCCCAGCCUGUGGGUCCAUGGCUUUCAGGACCGCGUGGCCAGCAUCAAGGCUACGAAUGGAGCGUGGGUGGGCUACAUGUUCCCAGGCUACAGGGGCCGCCAGUACAUCUUUGAGCAUGGAGACUACAAGCACUGGAAUGACUGGGGAGCAUCAACACCUCAGAUCCAGUCCGUCCGACGCGUGCGUGACAUGCAGUGGCACAAGAGAGGCUGCUUCAUUGCCCCCGCCCCCGCCCCCACCCCCACUCCCACCCCCGCACCCAACCCCACACCACCUGCCCCCCCUAACGCCACUGGCACCAGCUGA